ACAGGUGCGAACAGCCUGUCCCCUGUGCUGGCCACUGUGUGUGGUAGGGAACCUCCAGGCUCCAUACACUCAACAGGAGACUCAAUGUUCCUUCACUUCUCGUCUGACAGCCAUGUCAGUGGCCAAGGCUUUAAUGCCUCCUUCUCCAAAGGUUGUGGUGGCCUGCUGCAUGCAGACAGAGGUGUUCUGAGCAGUCCUCACUACCCUCAGAACUACUUGCCUGGAUUAAAUUGCAGUUGGCAUGUGAUGGUUACACCAGGAUUUCGGGUUUCAGUGUUAUUCCAAAAUCCCUUCCAGAUUCAGGGCUACGGCACUGACUGUAGCUCAGGAGACUACCUCCAGCUCAGAAAUGGUCCAGAUGGGUCGUCUCCAAUUCUAGGAGGUCGUAUCUGUGGUUCCAGUCCUCCUUCCAUCCUCCAAACUACAGACAACCACCUCCAUAUUCACUUUGUAACUGAUUCAAGUAACGAGGCCAGCGGCUUUAAGUUGAUUUUUGAAGCCCAUAAUAAAGCAUGCGGAGGCUCCAUCACGCUGACGGAUAAUGACCCACCCGGCUACAUCACAUCACCAAACUAUCCACAGAAUUACCCCCAGAACAUUGACUGUACAUGGGUGAUAACCGUACCCAAUGGAGAAGCUGUCCAAAUUGACUUUGAGGAAGAUUUCUACAUUGAACCCACAGCCAGCUGUAGCUUUGAUUAUUUGGAACUUCGAGAUGGCUCAUCAUUGAAUUCAGACCUAAUUUCUCGGCUGUGUGGAAACACUAGACCAUCUACACAACAUUCAAAAGGCUCUUCCAUGUUGCUCAGGUUUCGGACUGACAGGAGUGUAACACACAGAGGAUUCAAAGCAAAAUAUUCCAUAGCAUCAUGUGGAGGCACCUACAUAGGUCAAACAGGGGAAAUCCAUAGUCCAGGCUUCCCUAGUUCUAACUAUCCUAAAAACUCCAACUGUGAAUGGUACCUAGAAGGGCCCACGGGACACUACCUUACCUUGAGCUACAAGAACCUGAGCCUGCAGGACAGUGCAGGAUGUGCUGCUGACUAUGUGGAGAUAAGAGAAUACAAUGCUUCAGGACGUCUGCUGGGGCAACAUUGUGGAAACAAUAUUCCAGCUUCAGUUGAUACAUCAGACAGUUUUGCUUAUGUCAAAUUUGUGAGUGACAACAGUGGAAAUGCAGCUGGAUUCAGCCUGUUUUUUGAAGCCAGUGUUGAAGUGUGUGGAGGAGAGUUGAACGCUCCAUCUGGUACUAUCACUUCACCCAAUUACCCAAACUUAUAUCCUCACAGCAGAGUGUGUCGCUGGGAAUUGGUAGUCGCACCAAACCGCAGGGUUACACUCAUCAUUAAUGACCUGCGCCUGGAAGGUUCUGGCACUUCCUGUGUGUUUGACUACGUUGAUAUAUUUAAUGGGUUGGCUGCUGAUGCUCCUCGCCUCCAUCGAUUCUGUGGUGCAGUCGCACCAGGCACUCAGGUUCACUCUUCUGGCAACACCAUGGCUAUUGUAUUUCGCACCGAUGCUUCCGUUUCCAGUGGUGGCUUUAUGGUUACUUACUCCUCUGAUGAGCCUGCAGAGUGUGGAGGAAUUCUGAAUGACCCAGCUGGAGGCAACUUCACAUCACCUGGUUUCCAGGUGUCCAAUUACAGUAACAACUUGAACUGCGAGUGGUUGAUUCAGAAUCCCAUUCACAUCAACUCUUCAAUUGUGGUUCUCAUUGAAGACUUGCACCUGGAAAACCAUCAGACUUGUGAACUAGACUACCUUCAGUUCCGCCUGGGUGACUGGGAUGGGGAGCUGUUGGGGAGAUUUUGUGGACAAACGCCACCCCAGAUCCCAAUCGUGGUGUUCACACCAGAGCUGUGGGUUCAUUUCCAGACUGACUCUUCACAGGGGGAUUUGGGUUUCAAGGCCAAGUACUCAUUCUCUGAAUGUGGAGGCUGGCAAACAGGUGAUGGUGGGGUGUUAUCCAGCCCCAAUUACCCCAACAUGUAUCCCAGCCCGAGUCGCUGUGCUUGGCUACUGGAAGCUCCCAUUGGCCACACUAUCACGUUGAGCUUCAGCUACUUCAACCUAGAAUCACACGCCACAUGCAGCUGGGAUUCUGUCACAAUUUUUAAUGGAGGAUCACCUGGAUCUCCAAUUAUUGGCCAGUAUUGUGGAACCACCAGUCCUGGAGCCAUCCAGUCAGGCUCGAACAAACUGGCUGUAGUUUUCCUGGCAGACCACAGUAUUUCAAAGGGUGGAUUUUUUGCCUCCUGGUCUGCCGACUCUUCUGGCUGUGGAGGGGUGAUCCACGCUGAUACAGGAACAAUUAAGUCACCAAAUUACCCCCAGAACUUCCCAGCAAAUACAGAGUGUUUUUGGCAGAUCAUUGCCCAUGAGGGAAACCAUCUGGAGAUGAGCUUUGGUGAAAACUUUGAGAUCCCAGACAGCACUGGCAGCUGCCAGACCAGCUAUAUCAAGGUUUGGUCAGGCAGUACCCAGAAUUCUGAGGAUCUGCUUGUGACAGGCUGCGGUUCUUUGGCACCAGAACCCGUUGUCGCGCCAUAUAAUCUUAUCACAAGUCGAUUCCAAGCCACUGCUACCUCUGGUGUAGGUUUCUCCAUGUCCUUCAGCACCCGGUGUGGUGCAAGUUUUGAUGCUUCCAAGGGUCGAGUGGUUUCUCCGAAUUUCCCAGCUGACUACCCAGACCUCGCUAACUGCAACUACACUAUCAAUGCUGGACAGCAGACAGUGAUUGUUCUCAGCUUUCAGGUCUUCCAGGUAGAGGCACACUCCACCUGUAUGUAUGAUGGUCUCAAGAUCUACAGCCCAGUUUCUAGUAGCACUGCAAUGGCCACUUUAUGUGGUACCAACAUUCCAGGCCCUUUUUCCACUUUUGGUCCUAUGUUACUUCACUUCUACUCUGACUCUCUGAUUACCAGCCGUGGCUUCAUGGGAGAAUACAGUGCCAUACCAUGUGGCGGUUUCUUCAAUAGCACCCCAGGUACAGUGAGCAGUCCGGCCCUCUCCAUUACCAACUACCACCACAACAUAAACUGUACCUACCACAUCACCGUCCAAGCAGACAGAGUUGUGGAUCUCAAAUUCAAUACUUUCAGCUUAGAAGCUUCUUCUUCAUGUCGCUAUGACUAUGUGGCCGUGUAUGACGGGCCUGACAGCUUGGCACCAUUGCUGGGAAGGUUCUGUGGAACAGUGCUCCCACCUGACAUACGCUCCUCUACAAACAAUUUGUUCAUCAUCUUCCGUACAGAUGCCACGGUUAGUGGUGUUGGCUGGAGAGCCACUUACAGUCAAACACUUGGUCCAGCACAAGGAUGUGGGGGUUACCUCUCCAUGCCGAUGGGCAUGUUGGGCUCACCAGACCCAAACCUGGAUGGACGUUAUGAGCCCAGGAUGAACUGUGUUUGGACCAUUGAGAUGCCUGUGAACAAAGCCAUCAAUCUCACCUUCAGCUCCUUUGACCUUGAGAGCUCCUCUACUUGUCGCUAUGACUAUGUCAAGAUAUACGAUGGAGACAAUAUGAACUUUCCUCUAGUUGGGACAUACUGUGGAAGCUCCAUUCCUGCCUACUUCUUGUCAAGUGGAAACUUCUUGACGAUUCGCUUUGUCUCUGACAGCUCUGUCCAGAAGCAAGGAUUCAAUGCAACCUACAGAGCAGUACCAUUGCUGUGUGGCGGGACUCUGAAUGCUACGACUGCAAAGCAGACUUUGACUUCACCGUCCUUCCCCAACGCUUAUCCUCCUUACACCUACUGUCGGUGGAUCAUUGACUCUCCACCACUAGAAACCAUUAAAGUGUCAGUCCAGACAUUUGUCCUGGAUCCAAGUCAAAGUUGCUCAACCAAUUACCUGGAGAUUAAUGAUUGGCCUUUGGGAGACUAUGGACAGUCACAUAAGUUCUGUGCUUCAGAUGACCAUCCACCAGACUUUUACAGUAACAGCAGGACAGUCCUUGUGUACUUCAAAUCUGAUGCCUUCCUGACAGGAAAUGGCCUCAGUUUCAGCUAUGAAAUUGCCAACUGUAGUCGACUACAUGAACAGGAAUAUGGCUACCUAAAGAGCCCAGGAUGGCCUGAAAUCUACCCCCACAACAUGGAUUGUGUCAUAAUUCUGAAGGCGCCACAAAACAGCUCUAUCUCUUUCUUCUUUAACAACUUUGAUGUGGAGAGUCAAAGCAGCUGUAACUUUGACUACCUAGAGAUCCGUAAUGGAAGUACAGCAGACUCACAGUUGAUUGGUAAGUUCUGUGGUCAAACGCUACCCAACCCCAUCUUCCCACAAUCCAACCAGCUGUACCUACGCUUCAAGAGUGACUUCUCUACUGCCCGAGAUGGAUUUGAUGCCACAUGGACCUCUUCUCCACAUGGGUGUGGUGGCAUCCUUUAUGGAGACCAUGGUUCAUUCUCAAGCCCCAACUACCCAGGAAGUUACCCAAACAAUACUUAUUGUGAAUGGAGCAUCAAGGCACCUAGAGGUCAUGUGGUGACCAUCACCUUUGCCCAGUUCAGUAUUGAUGACCCAGGAAACUGUCAAAGCAACUUCUUGAAGUUAUAUGAUGGCCCAGAUACCUCCUCGGCUCCUGUUGGACCUUACUGUGGAGUGGAAACCAACAUUGCUCCUUUCAGCGCCUCCUCCAACCACGUUUAUAUUGUUUUCCAAGGCCAGUUCUCCACCUUACCAUCAGGCUUUAGACUCACUUGGAGCAGCUGAAAAACAAAUAUUGUUUUGAUGUUGUGACAUGCAUACAAUAGACAUAUUAAUCAUAUUGAAAACACUCGAGCAUUAAACACUUGGUGAAAACAUAUUUCAGUGUAAUGAACCAUAUUAUUAAAAUUAUUGUAUUGUUCUUUAAGCUGGACUUUUAUGAAUGUAUUAUGGUCAAACAUUGAUUACUUUAAUCAAUGUUUACUUCUGUAAGUCAAUGUUUACAGAAGUAAACAUUGAUUUUUAUUUGUGGGGUUGAAAUCAAAUUCACACUAGAUGCUUGCAAAGCUUGACAUUUCCUCUUGGUGUACUGGAAUCGAUUGAACUCGGAUUAUUAGAAAUGGUUUUACAGGACAGGGUUAUCAGGAAAUGAUGUCAUAUUCCAGCUCAGACUCAAGAGUAUGAUAACAGGAACAUUUUGAAGCCAACUGAAUAAAUAUAACCUUUAAUCUAC